AAACUUUUUUUUUUGUUGCUCAAGGUGAGUGUUUUUUUUCCAGCAGCAAUGGCAUGGAAAAGAUUGACCCCUGACCAAGAAUAAUAAUAAUAAAUUAAAUUUGUGUACAGCUUUUUAAAGACACUUUACACUAAUCAAGCAAAAUUACAGAGUAAYCGCCACAGAUUAAUGAUUAAAAAAGCAUUUAAAAAUGUUAAAUUAGUCAGAUUGUGUCUGUCCACCAUCAGAACUGUACCCUGUUUUAUCACUUUCAAUAAUCCAAUAUCUAUAGUCAUUGAUCGUUUGUCUGCAGAUCCUGUCCAGAAGGUUUGCCUCGGCGUGUCUGACCUCCAGAGAUCCACUCGCUACUGGGCCACUCUGUUGGGAAUGACGGUGAUGGACAAGAGUCAGGACAAAAACACAGUGCUGUUGGGUUACUCUGACUCUCAAUGUAAGCUCGAGCUUCGGGAUACUGGUGGGAAGGUCGAUCAUGGAACGGCAUUUGGGAGAAUCGCGUUUUCAUGUCCACGAGAGCAGCUGCCCGAUAUUGAAGCCUUGAUGRAAAAGGAAAAAGAAACAAUUCUCAACCCACUGGUCAGCCUAGACACCCCUGGGAAAGCCACGGUAGAAGUUGUUAUUUUAGCCGACCCAGACGGACAUGAAAUUUGUUUUGUGGGAGACGAGGCGUUCAGGCAGCUGUCUGCUGUGGAUCCCAGAGGAAACGAACUGCUUAAUAAGGUUGGC